AAGUUAAAGUCAAAUUUCCUUGAAACCAUAUUUUCAAAGUACUAUUUUGACAAAGUUUUUUUAAAUAGGCCUUUUUCUGUAAAUGGUAAAGACUUCUGGAGUGGAGGGGCUUAAGUAGUUUAAGCAUGCUUGUAGCUUCAAAAGAGGCUUCAAAAAAUGUAGUGACUUGAAAACACAUUUUGUCCCCUCCUUCUCUCUUGUUCAGGGCAGGAAAAUUGUGUUGUAUUGUCAUGAAUAGCAGUGCUGACAAAGUGAACCAUGAAAAUACUGUUCGGAAAGCAGGUGGAUUUGGAUGUGACUUUACCAGGAGAAGGAGGAAAAGAUCGUCCCUUCAAAGUGUCCAUAAAAUUUGUUUCUCGGGUGAGCUGGCACUUGCUGCAUGAAGUUUUGACAGGAAGAACCUUGCCUGAGCCUCUGGAACUAGACAAACCAAUCAGCACUAACCCCGUUCAUGCUGUCGAUGUGGUGCUACGACACCUACCCUCCAUGAAGUAUACCCCGGUGGGCCGCUCCUUUUUCUCAGCUCCAGAAGGCUAUGAUCACCCCUUGGGAGGUGGUAGGGAGGUUUGGUUUGGAUUCCAUCAGUCUGUUCGGCCUGCCAUGUGGAAAAUGAUGCUCAAUAUUGAUGUUUCUGCAACUGCCUUCUACAAAGCACAACCUGUAAUUCAAUUUAUGUGUGAAGUUCUUGACAUUCAUAAUAUUGAUGAACAACCAAGACCUCUGACUGAUUCUCAUCGGGUAAAAUUCACCAAAGAGAUAAAGGGUCUAAAGGUAGAAGUGACUCAUUGUGGAACAAUGAGACGGAAAUACCGUGUUUGUAACGUAACAAGAAGGCCUGCAAGUCAUCAAACCUUCCCUUUACAGUUAGAAAACGGCCAGACUGUGGAGAGAACAGUAGCACAGUAUUUCAGAGAGAAAUACAACCUCCAGCUGAAAUAUCCUCAUCUUCCUUGCCUACAAGUGGGACAAGAACAGAAACACACCUACCUGCCUUUAGAAGUAUGUAACAUUGUAGCUGGCCAACGAUGUAUCAAGAAGCUAACAGACAAUCAGACAUCAACUAUGAUAAAGGCAACAGCAAGAUCUGCUCCAGAUAGGCAAGAGGAAAUAAGCAGAUUGGUAAGAAGUGCAAAUUAUGAUGCAGAUCCAUUUGUUCAAGAGUUCCAGUUCAAAGUCCGGGAUGAGAUGGCCCAUGUGACAGGGCGUGUGCUCCCAGCUCCAAUGUUGCAGUAUGGAGGACGGAAUCGAACAGUGGCAACCCCAAGCCAUGGAGUAUGGGACAUGCGAGGGAAGCAGUUUCACACUGGUGUUGAGAUCAAAAUGUGGGCCAUAGCUUGUUUUGCAACGCAGAGACAAUGCAGAGAAGAAAUACUGAAGGGUUUUACAGACCAGCUGCGGAAGAUCUCCAAGGAUGCAGGGAUGCCAAUCCAAGGCCAGCCUUGUUUCUGUAAAUAUGCCCAAGGUGCUGACAGUGUGGAGCCCAUGUUUCGGCACCUCAAGAACACCUAUUCAGGUCUUCAACUUAUCAUUGUAAUCCUGCCAGGGAAAACGCCAGUAUAUGCGGAGGUGAAGCGUGUGGGAGAUACGUUGUUGGGAAUGGCCACGCAGUGUGUUCAAGUCAAAAACGUUAUCAAAACAUCUCCACAGACCCUGUCAAAUCUGUGCCUGAAGAUUAAUGUUAAACUAGGAGGAAUCAACAAUAUUCUUGUACCUCAUCAACGACCUUCUGUGUUCCAGCAGCCAGUGAUCUUUUUGGGAGCAGAUGUCACACACCCUCCUGCUGGAGAUGGAAAGAAGCCUUCCAUAGCUGCUGUCGUAGGUAGUAUGGAUGCUCAUCCAAGCCGGUACUGUGCCACAGUGAGAGUUCAGCGACCCCGGCAGGAAAUCAUCCAAGAUCUUGCCUCCAUGGUGAGAGAGCUUCUCAUCCAGUUCUAUAAGUCAACACGGUUCAAGCCCACGCGUAUCAUCUUCUAUAGGGAUGGAGUCUCUGAAGGACAGUUUCGACAGGUUUUGUAUUAUGAACUGCUAGCCAUUAGAGAAGCUUGCAUCAGUUUGGAGAAAGAUUACCAGCCUGGAAUAACCUAUAUUGUGGUGCAGAAGCGACAUCAUACACGAUUGUUUUGUGCUGACAGAACAGAAAGGGUUGGUCGAAGUGGCAACAUUCCAGCUGGAACAACUGUAGAUACAGACAUUACACAUCCAUAUGAGUUUGACUUUUACCUCUGCAGCCAUGCUGGAAUACAGGGUACCAGCCGUCCCUCACACUAUCAUGUUUUGUGGGAUGAUAACUGUUUUACUGCAGAUGAACUUCAGCUGCUGACUUACCAGCUCUGCCACACAUACGUGCGCUGUACACGUUCAGUUUCUAUACCUGCACCAGCGUAUUAUGCUCACCUGGUAGCGUUCAGAGCACGAUACCAUCUUGUGGACAAAGAACAUGACAGUGCUGAAGGAAGCCAUGUUUCAGGACAAAGCAAUGGGAGAGAUCCGCAGGCCCUGGCGAAGGCUGUACAAAUUCACCAAGACACCUUACGCACGAUGUACUUCGCUUAAAUCAAUAAAAUGGGAGCAUACUCACUGAAAGGAAGAACUGAAAAAUUAAGCCACAUACAAUGUAUGUCUCCAGUGGGGUUGGUUUAUGGGGUGCGCCUCCGAUCAUGCUGAAGUUGACGCUGUGCAGGGGCGAGAGGCUAACCCUUAAAUUGACACAAGGAAGAUUGUUUACUUCAUCGAGGAACACAGCACUAUUAUGCAAUAUGAAACCAGCCAACUGCUUUUUUGGCGCGGUCUCCUGUAGGAAGCACCGCCAUCUUUUUUUUUUUUUUUUCCUCGUAGUUUAACCCUCUUAUGCCUUUACCUCAAGUUGCUCGGCAGCACAACUAUCUUUGCAAAAAAAUAAAAAUAGAAAAAGAUUGAUGGUGUAAUUUAAAAACAAAAAAAAAAAGAAAGCAAGCAACCUUUAUAGGAACAAUCACGAUGAUUGUUUCAGGGAGGGAAGUGUGCAAAAACCCCCUUUUACUUUUACCCCACUGCAUUGAGAAAGCUUUCUCUCAAUAUUGCCAUCAGCAUUCGAAUGUGAACGUAUCCAAGUACAUUUGAAUGUACAGCACUAACUAGAAAAAGUGAGGGGAGGGGAAGACAUUUUGCACACUAGUCCAAUAAUUUGAACAUAGUUUAGCCAACUGCUGCCUUUGUCUUUCUUCACAGCUUUGGAGUCCUUACCUCCAAUAGUUCCCUUUUAAAAAGCAAACAAAGAAGCUAGUGGUAUUAUGUGCAGGCAGUAGUGAUCCAAACUCUUCUUGCUCCCUGGUGAAUUUACUGAAGCUGCUGUUUUACCUAGUCCAAAAGUUUCAAUUAUUUUCUAUCUGGCAAGUCAAAUAUUUUGGAGCUUCAUGUGAGAUCAGAUGUCCCAAGUUUUAUGGGAUUACAUACAGUAAACACCAGAACUGAAACUUUAGAGCUAAGGUCUUUUUGGAAAAAGAAAAAUGCUAGUUUACUUGCUGCCUCUCACACCUUAAUGUGAUUUCAUAUGUAUGUGUUUUUGAAGUUUAGCUUCCUUUUUGUUUCUUUUAUAUUUAUUAGAGUAAUAAUAAUGCUUUAAUUUAAUUAUUACAGAACAUAUGGUCAACAUCAACUUUUAUUUUUUAGAAAUGUAACCAUGUUUAUUUUUUAAAAACUGACAACUUGUUUUUGCUAUCUUUUAGUGCAAUAAGCGUUCUAAAGGAAAACUGUGUCCAUUGAGCUGUACUAAAGCAGUGUUUGUACCACUAACCGUGGGAGAAUGGACACCUCCAUGAUUUUAAAAGGACAAAGUAAAAGCCUUAAUUUUGAAAGGAAAGUUUUAUAGUCAGAAGGAAUCUUGAAUUUUCCUUUUUUAAAUCAAAAAAUAGCAAAAAUGCUUCUAGAAUUCUGCAAGCUUUAUUGUUGUUACUGCAGUGUUUUGAUUUAACAAAGGAAUUGGCCAUAUUUUUGGCUUUGAGAUGUGGUGGAUAUUUGAAUUAAAUGGAAAGGGGUUUUUUAUUAAAAUCUAAGUUUUUACAUGCUUAGUUAAAUCUAUUUGACAUCAAUAAAGUGUCUGGAAUUACUAAAAUUUUUAGCUUUUUUCCUCUUUGAUAUGACUUUCCUUUUAAAAUUAAGUUAUUGGUAACUUCAUUUCACUUUGCAAAUAAAAUAACAGAGGGCUGGGAUAGUUGUAACAUGUUAAAUCACUGAAAUGUGAAACAAAUUAAUGGGACUUUUUCAUUCCACUUUAAAGGUAAAACAAUAUUUAAGAUGUCAGAGAUGAGCAUUUAUUCAGUGAGGGGAUUGGGGAGUUUUGCACUUUGUAAACUCGUGAACUGCAUUUUUGACUGUUUUUAUUUGCACUGGUUCAUAGUAUAUAUACUGCAGAUCAUUUAUAUGGGCAUUGCUGUUAUCCCAGCCCUUCUGAACUCCACUUGCUCUCCACAUGAAAACCAGCGGGUUGGUAUAAGUAGCUUAUCUCCUGUCAUUCUCAUGAAAUCCGCUGUUUGCCAAUAUACUGUAUUUUGAGCCUAAAAUCUGAGCCCGUUUUGCUUCAACAGGCAUGAAUCUCCCCCAUUUUUCUGCCAGAAAACAAAGUACUGUAUUUUGUGCGUUUGUAUGUUGCAUUGAAAUGUAUGUAGUGCUGUUGACAACACUGUCUCAAAGAGCUUUACUAAACAGUUAGUGUAUAUACGUAUUUUAUGUCCCAAUAUCAAGGAAGAUACCAUAAAAAGAUUAAUUUUGCAAAGUUAAAAUUGCACUGGAAAUAGUCAUGAAGGUGGGCAGUUUGCUAGUGGCUUGGGGGGUCCUUAGAGAAUAGGUGGGAGGGUGGUCAAGAGAGACUUUCAGCAGAUCCUGAUGUGUCUGAAAAACUCCUCGGGGUCCCGGGAGAUGCAUAUGUUCAUCAGGUAGCUGCAGAUCCCGGGUUGUCCCAGCUGCAUUCUUUGACUUCUUAAUGCACUUACCUUUCAGCGCCUUCAAAUAAAACUGCUGCAGGAGGUUGGUGUAACUAAAUAAUUUGAGCAAGAGGAUUUCCAAAUAAAUCUCUCAAAUGUUUUUCUUAGUCUGAGACCUGACAGUCUUCUCUCAGAAGCACUCUAGCUAGUAUUGUGUUUAUAAAAUGUUCAGGUUAGGCUUUUUACAGAAAAUUAAUGUUUUAAAAUAGGGAAUUUUUUUAAGGAAACUAUUUUACAAAAACUUCUUGUGGAUUUCUGGCAUUUAGGUGAAAAUUCCUUUUUAUUAAAGUCUUUUGACUCUCCUCUCAAAGACACUGUACACUGCUCAUCCUGCCCGCACUCAGUGACUAUGAUUUGAGAAGCUUUUUUGCUUGCUACUUUCACCAAAAAAUAAAAAAAAGAUCAUUGGGAAAAUGACUUAAAUGCUAGCUCAACAAGUAAUUUUACCUGGUUUUCAUGUGAAGAGUAUUUGGAAGUUUUAAUCUCUAUUCUUGGUUUUGCAAAUAUCUACGUAAAGUGCCGAUACUUAUUUGUAUUACGAUAUCAAGUUACUGGCGUUGUGAGGGCCACACAUUUAUGAUGCUGUAGCUGCUAUAUUUAUUUAAAUGGAGAUGGACAAUUACUGCACUAAGGAAUGAGGAGAUAAGCAAGGAAUCAAGGUUAGUUAGGAAUCUUGUUUUUUCAAAAGAAAAUUAAUGGUGUGAAAUAUCAAGUGUAACAAAGGGUGCUGUCAUUUUAACUGAGAUUAAAUAGCCAGAUAUUCUUCCUUUGUUUAAAAACAUAUAUAUUUUGAUGUUUGCAGUUUGGGGGUGGGGGGGGUCGGGAUAAAUGGUACCUCAUCUGUGGUGGCAGUUUCCAGUAUAUUUUCAGAGUAUAUGGAUUUCUUUUAUUUUUGUACCUGCUCUCCUUAAAAAAAAAAAAAAAAAAA